AUGGUUCAAAGACGCUUAGAACAGGUCUUCGCUCAGCCUCCACUGAGGGAGCGCUGGCAACAUUAUCGACAUUUGCUGCGUCAACAGAAAGAUGUUCUUACCGAUAAGAGUGAUUUGGAAGCAUUCUUAAACGGCGCUAAGCAGUUCCCUGCCCUGAAGAGAGUCACCAUCUCACCUGCGGCCCACGGCAACCUCUUCGCCUGCACUGCCACUGGCGGUUGA